AUGAAACAGUUCCUUGUGCUGGUGCUUGUGGCCCUCCUGGGAGUACGAGGGGACAAUGAUAACGAUAACCAACAAAGCAGCGGUGGAGAUGGUGGUGGCAGCUGGACAAGCGGCAGCAGUUGGACAAGCGGUGGCAGUAAAUCACAUAGCAGUUCAUCUUCUAGUCAUGGAAAGGAAAGUCAUGUAAAAUCCAAAGGAUCCCAUGUUGUAGAAACCAUUCCUGUUCAUACGUACCAGCUGCAAUAUGUCAAGGCACCACCCACUGAGGUUCGCACUGUGUACCAGCACGUACCUACUCCCUAUUUCGCCGGGUAUCGCGACGGAGGAUUCCACAACCGUGGUUAUAAUGGAGGCUGGGACGAUGGAUACCAAGGACCUGUGCACAUCAGUUACUCCACGUUUAACCAUGUAUAUGGUCCUAACGGUGGAUAUGGAUCUGGCCCCGGUUGGUACAAUGGUGGUCCAGGUGGUUACUGGGGUGGUUACGGCAGGCCAGGUUUCGGAGGACCUGGCUUUGGAGGACCCGGUUUUGGAGGACCUGGAUACGGAGGACCUGGUUAUGGUCCUGGGUACGGUCCUGGUUACGGUCCCGGUUAUGGUUGGCAGGGAAAUCAUGGUGGCUACGGUAACUACAGAGGAUACUCAAAAGGCGUAAGUGUUAUCAAAAGGGUCGAUUAA